CAUCAUGUAUUGGUGUUUUAUUUGUUAUUUCAUUAGCAUUUUUAGCUUUUGGUAUUGUUUGUAUUUUUACUUAUUCAAGAAUAUUAUAUACAAUAUAUGCUGGUCUUGGAGCUGUGAUUUUUUCAGUUUUUUUGGCUGUUGAUAUACAAUUAAUUAUGGGUGGAAAACGACAUGAAAUCAGUGCUGAAGAUCAUAUUUGUGCAUCACUUAUACUUUAUUUGGAUAUUAUUUACAUAUUUUUAUUUAUUCUUCGUUUGUGUGGUAGCGAAGAAUAA